AGCUGCCAUCCCUUCCCUUCCUCCCUUGACCGUUGUCGGCCUUCCGCUCCUUUGGUCUCCCACCCUCGUUUGCAUCGCCGACGAUGCGACCCUUUCUGGACGAUGCCAAAAAACGUGUGGAUUCUAAACUCACUACAAGAAGACAAUCCAUGUCCAACGGUCGAAUGUUUUCCAGUGCCUUGCCCGAGCGCCUAAAGGACGACCACGAUGCCCAGGUCGAUUUCACCGCUCCGCCUGGCGCCACCGGCUCUCGCGACGGCCACGUCCCCUACAUGCAACAGUCCAUCUUUUCUAUGAUCGCCGCCGUCGGUUCCAAGUCCGACUUCCAUACGCGCUUCGACGAUUCGAGUGAUAGCGAAGGCGACGCUGAAGGUCAUCGUCGGAAAUCGAGUAGGAAGAUCCCUCCCACCGCCGCCGCCGGUAUACCUCCCAGGGAAGCCGAGAACACCACUCAGUCGACGGACAACAAGGCACAGUCGGAAGAAAGAGGCCGCCGUCAUCGCAGGACGAUAUCGGAGAACAGGCUUUUGCGGCCCUUUAAGACAAGUUCAAGCUUUCGUAAUGGGAAAGAAAAGACGAUCCAGACCGAGCCCCCGUCGAGCGAUGAGAUGUCUCGAGCUCCGUCCCCAAGGCGUCCUCGCAGUGCCACCCCUCGAGCCGCCCCUGUUCUGAGCCGGAUGGUGGAGGCCCAGGCCCUCCUCGACCCCAAGGCGGUGCCUGAGCAUCCUCACUCGGCGAUGGAUGGGGCCGACAAUGGCCCUCGGCCGGCCUCGUCUGCCCUCUCUCACAGGUUGAUGGAAAUGUUUGGCUACGAGUCUCCGGAGAAGGUCGUCGUUGAGUAUGCUUGCUCUCUACUGCAAAGUAUGCUUUUGCAGGGGUACAUGUAUGUCACGGAAGGACAUAUCUGCUUCUACGCUUAUCUUCCACGAAAGUCAACUCUCACCAUCAGAUCUGGCUGGCUCCACAAACGCGGGCGAAAGAACCUCCGGUACACUCGUUAUUGGUUCUCAUUGAAGGGGGAUGUUCUCUCUUUCUAUGCGGAUCCCUCCAACUUCUACUUCCCCAGCGGUCAUGUGGAUCUCCGAUACGGGAUAUCUGCCUCUUUGGUUGAGCAGAAAGACAAAGGCAAAGAAACGAAGGAUUUCCAGGUGACCACCGACCAGCGAACAUAUUAUUUCAGAGCCGAUAGCCAGGCCAGUGCCAAAGAAUGGGUGAAAUCGUUGCAGAAAGUCAUCUUUCGAACUCACAACGACGGCGACAGUGUCAAAAUCUCUUUUCCGAUUGAUAAUAUUAUAGAUAUAGAGGAAAGCCCCAUGGUUGAAUUCGCCGAGACAUUUAAGAUACGCGUUGUUGACCGAGAGACCUAUGCCAUUGAUGAGUAUUAUUUCUCAUUCUUCAAUGCCGGUCAAGACGCCUUCAACUUCUUGAAAAGCCUGACGCACGGAACUACAAAACAGUCCCAGACCUUAUCACCCAAGCGAGACCAGGUCGCCCAGUCGAGACGAUCCCGAGGAUCCCAGAAUAGGUGGUCAUUGAGUAGCGCGUUGAGCCAGUCGCGAGGGAUAGCAAACGUUAACUCGCAUCGGCGCAGAAGCGCAAGUGCAAGCCAUGUCAGCUUCGGUCACGACGUAGUGGGGACGUCCCCUCCAACAAAGCAAGCAGACCCAUCGGACUCCUUCUGUAACUCCUUUGAACAUGCGGCCGAAUCCUCCGCUGUUUUACAGUCCAUGACGGAUACAACAGAGUCGGCCAGUCAAAUUCUCAACCGAAGCGACGUAUUCCAGUCUCCAACAAUACACACCUUGGGAGCUCGGCGUUCUGGCGCAGAGAAGGGACGCCGGCAUUCUGGCGAUACAGCGCGAGAUGCAUCUUAUGCUGCCGUUAACCCAUUGGCGCUUGCCCGACAGAACGAAGCAGAAUUUCAGUAUGGGAUCAGUGAAUCUGACCUAGAAGUGCAGGAUUCUUCCAAGACGCAUACUGCGACUCCUUCUCUGAAUGAACUCGUCAGAGCCGGUGCCUAUCCUCUUCAGCGUGCCGCGGGAAUCGCAGAAUAUUUGAAGAACCGGUCAAAACAGAUGAGCACUCUUUUGGCCAGCGAAUCGAUGGGCUACUUCGAGAAAGUAUCAGGAAUGUGGGCAGGGGGCCGCCAGCAUUACGGGGAAGGAGAAGAUAUACUACCAGAUGAUCAGGAUGUCGACCCCGAAGACAGGGAAGAUGGCUGCAAACACGGAGACCGUUUCCGGGCCCAUUUCGCACUCCCGCCGACAGAGAGGCUUCAAGCAACAUAUUUCGCCCAUCUCCACCGCGUUCUUCCCUUAUAUGGCAAGAUUUACAUCAGCCAGAAAAAGCUCUGCUUCCGAAGCCUGAUUCCGGGGACCCGCACAAAGAUGAUCCUUCCGUUGAAAGACGUUGAGAACGUUGAGAAGGAAAAGGGCUUUCGGUUUGGUUACCACGGGCUUGUCAUCAUAAUUCGAGGCCAUGAGGAAUUGUUCUUCGAGUUCAAUGCAUCCGAUGCCCGAGAUGAUUGUGCGGUAACACUGCACCAGGGACUCGAGUCGGUCAAGUUUUUGGCAGAGUCGGGCUUGCUCGCCAAACAAGAGACAGACGAAUCCGAUGCAGCAAAAGCGGAGCAUCUAAUGCUGCAAGAAGCUAGGAUGGGCGUCAUCGGCGAGGAAGAUACCCAAGCGCCGUUGGAAGAGUCCUCAGAGCUUCAUCCCAUUUUCGAUGAUCCCCGAGCUUCGAUCAUCAAUUUCAAACCCUCCGAGUCUCUGCGGAUCACAUGUCUUACUAUUGGCUCUCGGGGUGACGUACAGCCGUACAUUGCCUUGUGCAAAGGGUUACUCGCCGAAGGCCACAAGCCUAAAAUUGCGACCCAUGCAGAAUUCGAGCCUUGGGUGAGAAAGCACGGCAUUGAUUUUGCUCCGGUCGAUGGAGACCCUGCAGAACUAAUGAGAAUUUGUGUGGAGAAUGGAAUGUUCACAUACUCGUUCCUGAGGGAGGCAUCCUUGAAGUUCCGAGGCUGGAUUGACGAUCUCCUAUCCUCUGCAUGGAAAGGCUGCCAAGGAAGCGAUCUCCUGAUAGAAUCUCCCAGUGCAAUGGCAGGGAUCCAUAUUGCGGAGGCACUCAGAAUCCCAUACUUCCGUGCCUUCACGAUGCCCUGGACCCGGACACGAGCAUACCCGCAUGCGUUCGCCGUCCCUGAGCAUAAGAUGGGCGGUGCUUACAACUACAUCACCUACGUCAUGUUUGACAACGUCUUCUGGAAGGCAAUUGCGGGACAAGUGAAUCGGUGGAGAAAGACUGAUCUUGGACUCAAGCCAACAACCUUGGAUAAGAUGCAACCUAACAAGGUCCCGUUUCUUUACAACUACUCUCCUUCGGUCGUCGCUCCGCCACUCGACUACCCCGACUGGAUCCGGAUAACUGGAUAUUGGUUUCUAAGCGAAGGAACGGACUGGACACCACCUGUAGAGCUGACCAGGUUUAUCCAGCGUGCACGGAAAGAUGGCAAGAAGAUCGUGUACAUCGGCUUUGGCUCUAUUGUCGUGUCGGACCCGUCUGCUCUCACACGGACUGUCGUAGAGUCCGUUCAAAAGGCCGAUGUCCGCUGCAUUCUCUCCAAGGGGUGGUCAGACCGUCUUGGGGAUCCCGCCAGUGCGAAGGCGGAGAUUCCCCUCCCCCCAGAAAUCAUUCAGAUCCAAGCAGCCCCUCAUGACUGGCUGUUUUCGCAGAUCGAUGCUGCCGCACACCACGGAGGGGCCGGGACGACCGGAGCAAGUUUGCGGGCAGGCGUUCCAACCAUUGUCAAGCCGUUCUUUGGGGACCAGUUCUUCUUUGGAACCAGAGUUGAAGAUUUGGGUGUUGGAAUUUGUAUGAAGAAACUGAACGUGAGCGUGUUUUCACGAGCUUUGUGGGAGGCUACCCACAGCGAGCGUAUGAUUGUGAAGGCUCGGGAGUUGGGUGCACAAAUUCGCAGUGAGGAUGGAGUGGCGACUGCUAUUCAAGCACUGUACCGCGAUCUCGAAUAUGCUACCACACUGGCUCGGCAGCGCUCGAUCGUUUCGUCGACACCAUUCUCUCCGACGCCAUCGGCAAAGACUAUGGCCGAGCAGGAGGAAGAUGAAGUCGGCGAUUCCGAGGAGUGGACAUUUGUCGGCGAUGACACGGAUAUUGACAUCUCCAGACGCGUGCGAGAUAGAGCCGUGUCCGAUGCAGAUAUGCUACCUGAACCUAUUGCCAAGUAUCCAGGUCCCAGAGCUUAGCGAAGAGCCUGGUUUAUAGAUACCCCUGCACUUGACUUGCCUCGGCAGGCUAUGUUUCUUGAUUUACGAUUGAUGAUUUUACAACUUACCGAUAACUUUCUGGGUUUGCUUAUGUUUGAUACAGAUUGCAUGGAUAUGGCUUGUGUUGCGUUAUAUUGCCUUCCUGGGUUUGCUUUUGCCUUUAUCUUUGCCCUUAUCUUUUUCUUCGUUCUUUUCCUGGCUUGGUUCACUUUACAGCGAGAGUUUGGGUGAUGAUUGAUGACCUCUCACGGUGGCUAUAUAGGCCGUUUGCUAAUAUUUCUAAUGUUUGUUGAGCGAUGCAAAGAUGGCAAGCUUAUUUUAUACUUUACUAGCUUAUGAUAGACUGUUUUUACGGGGUUAACUCACAAGCCAUACAUACAAUGCGUG